UUGAGCUCCAGUCAGUUAGUUAGGAACACACAUCUCCAUAGGACUUUACGCAUCUAGGCUUUUUAAUUACUAUAUCAUGGAGGAGCAACGGUAUCCUGUUAAUGUCCGACUGAUUGGAGUGAUGCACAAGGAGAAAAGCAAAAUGUACAUGACCUCGGUGCUUUGGUCAGAUCAGAAUGACAUCAUUGUUUACAGAACCUUCAAGGACUUCAAGACACUUAAUGAACAAAUGAAGAAGAAAUUCCCACCUGCGAAUCCACUUAAAAAAUCGGACAGGAUUAUUCCUAGAUUUCGAGACUGGAAGAUGAAGAUAAACGUAAAUAAUAAAGGUCUCAGCAAGUCGGUGGUCCAGCUCAAGUUUUUGGAGAAAUAUUGCAGUGAGCUCCUCAGCUGCGACCCGCGCGUCUCACGGUGUCCUGAACUCAUCCGGUUCUUCCACCCCAAGGACCAAGAACUACAGCCAGAGUUUGCCAAAAAUAGUAUCGUGAUCAUGCCUUCAGAGGACUCCGCUGGACAUGACAAGAGUGUCAACGUUGGCAACGUGACGCAGCCGUUCGUAACGGAGGCAUACCGGUGCAUGGCACCCUACGAGACCAAAGACACCAAAAACCGGCCUUUCAAAGUGGCCGUGGACGAAAACGUGGACGUGCUCAUCAAAGACAAAGCAGGCUGGUGGCUAGUGGAGAAUGAGGACAAGCGUAUGGCCUGGUUCCCUGCUCCAUACCUGGAGAAGGUGGAGGGGGAGGAGGAGGAUGAUGAUAGGGACAGGUCCUAUGGAGAAAGUGUGCUGUACAGUGCUGUCAGAAGCUACAAAGCCACGAAUGGAGACGAGGUGUCUGUGGACAUUGGCUCAGUGGUGGAAGUCCUGCAGAAGUCUGACAACGGCUGGUGGCUGAUCAGAUACAACGGCAAGACCGGCUAUGUACCUGCCAUGUACCUGCAGCCCUACAACAACCCCCGUGUCCGCCUGGCGGCUCUCAACCUGGCCCAGCUGCAGCUCCCCGGCUCCAGCUCUGACCACAAGCUGGCCGGACACUCCCACGAGCUCAGCCGUUCCCAAGGCAACCUCCUGCAGCUGCCCGGCUCCCGACCUUCCACACCAAAUCAGCUCAAGCCUACCGACAAGCUCAAGUCACGUUCUUUUAAUGUUCUAUCUGAGCCUCGGCCUAGCCCUUCACCUAUGAUGUUCACCACCCCCACCCCGGCAUACCCUAGCAAGGGCACUCCAACACCUACUGUCAUGGUGGAGGUGGACCGGGAGGUGGAUAGACGUGAGUACAGCCUGACCGGCAGCAAGGGCAGCAUGGGGAGUGAGGGCAGCAUGGGAAGCGAGGGCAGCGACUUCAGCGACGACCUCAGUUCGUCGUCCUGCAGCUCGUCGCUCAACCUGAGCCGGGCCGACAUGGACGAGCGUCUCCGGCGCGCCCGCACACCACCGCCCAUGGUGGCCGACCACCUCAACCCCGACAGCGGCGUGUCGGAGGGGAGGAUGGUCCAUGGAAGAUCCGACCCAAACCUGUUCAAGAUGGCCCCCACCACCCCCAAGGUGCCCCCCAGGCCCAGGGCGCAGGAGAUCCUGACACGCUGCACCACCGUCACGCGCAAGAACGCCUCCAAAGCCAGGCUGUCGCCAGCGCCUGCUGAGAUACUGAGCCGAUAAAUUGGAGCAGUGUUGACCCAAAAUGGUGGUGAUUCGUUGGUAGCCAGUCCCUCCUUAGCCUUUUAAAACCGAAGUUGAAGACAGAGUUGUGGCCAGGAAAUGUGGUGUGAUCUCUUUAUGGGUUACAGGAAGAAUCCAAAGGCUUUAGCACAGAAAGUCACCGUACUAGAAGCCCAGAAGACGGACUGUGGGACUUUUAUGAAGUUACCUGAACAUGAUUACACUGUGACAUGAUUUACAAGUGUUUAACUGUGCCUUGGGGCUGGUCAUGUAACCAUGAGUUGUGAUAUGGGAGGAAGAAUCAUAUGUUACUGUAAUACUCUGAGUCACAUAUUGAGUCUUCAUUUUUUUGAUGUGGAAGUUUACUUCUUGCACUGUUAGUCAGGCCUACUUCCAUGCACCUGCACAGAUGGAUACUGACACUGAAACUCAUUCACUGAUAGUAACUGCAUUGUAGACAUUAUUUUAAUGCGGUCUGUUCAUUCAAGAUUUAUUUUGUGGAUGAACAAAUAUUGGUUGGGGGUUUACUGUCAUUUAUUUACAAUCCUCUGUUUUAAUUAAUACUUUUUCUUCACUUCAAAAUGUGAGAAGUCUGAAGUCAUAUACUGGUCUAAUGAAAAUAUACACUUUAGUGAAUGAACAUUCAGUAGCAAUUUAGAUAGUCUUAAUUGAAAAAUAACAUUUUCUGUGAUUGUCAUGAAUUGCUGUCUUCUGUUAAAUCAAACCAUUUGAUUUCAUAGUUUCUACUGUAUGGCCUUGAAUCUAGGGAUCUUUAUUUUCCAUACUGGAAAACUACUAUUGUGCCUUAUAUGCAUCUUAUUAGCAAUUAUAGUUGAUUCCACAUCAUGAUUCCCUCAUAUUGCAAUAGAUUCUAAUACAUUAUCAUACUAAAAUAA